AUGGAUAAGAGACUUGUAAUAACUAAGUUCUACCAGCACAUCCUUGCCUUGGCGUUUGCUGUGAAGGAGAUCAAUGAGGAUCCCCAGAUCUUACCUAACGUCACUCUUGGGUUCCACAUCUAUGACAGUUACUACAACCCAAGGAUGACCUAUCGCACCACUCUGGACCUGCUUUUCAAAUCCCAGAAAUUUGUUCCAAACUACAAAUGUGAUAGCCAGAAGAAUCUCGUGGCCAUCAUAGGAGGACUAGGUUCUGAUACUUCAUCUUAUAUAAAUGAACUUGUAGGUUUCUUCAAGAUUCCACAGAAUGGCAUCUGCUCAUCGUUCAUUCAGAGGCUUUCACAACUCAUCAACCUGGCAGACUUUGAAGAGGUUUAUCACCAAGUUUGUUUUAUUUCCAUGAAUUUGAUGAAUAGCAAAGCCAAGACAUUGCUUGUCUAUGGAGAAUCAUUGACCAUAAUGACUAUCAGAGGUGUCGUAUUUCUGGGAGAUUCUGAAAAUACUAAAACUGCGUUACUUGGAAAAGUGUGGAUCAUGACUGCGCAGAUUGAUUUUACACUCUCAGGCCUUCAAAUCAAGUGGGAUCUCCAGAUGUUCCACGGGGCUAUUUCCUUCACUGUUCAUUCAAGAGCAGUUGCAGGUUUCAAGGAGUUUCUUCAGACUGUAAAUCCUCUUUCACUCUAUAGAGAUGGGUUUCUGCAGAACGUUUGGGAACAAUCGUUUGAUUGUGAAUUUCCAAAGUCAGAGUUACAAGAAGUGGAUAGUAGGAAAUGCACUGAGGAGAGGAAGCUGGAGGAUCUUCCUGGGCCUGUGUUUGAAAUGGAAAUGACUGGCCACAGCUACAGUGUCUACAAUGCAGUUUAUGUUGUGGCUCAUGCUUUGCAGACUUCAUACACAUUACGUUUCAACAGAAAAAAAACUAUGAUGGGCAAAAAUCCUGAGCUUCUAGAUCUGCAGUCUUGGCAGGUUCUUCCACUUUCUCGAUGCAAUGACCCUUGUUUCCCUGGAUCCUGGAAGAAAGGGAUUGAGGGGGAUCAGUUCUGCUGCUAUGAUUGCGUUCCAUGCCCAGAAGGGAUGAUUUCAAAUCAAAAUGAUAUGGAAGAUUGCUUUGAAUGUUCAGAAGAUCAUUAUCCAAAUAAGGAAAAGAAAGGAUGCCUCCUGAAAUUGGUCGUGUUUCUAACCUUUGAAGGAACCUUAGGAAUCGGUUUAUCCUCAGCAGCUCUUUGUUUCUUCUUCUUGACAUCUUGGGUAGUUGGAACUUUUAUUAAGCACAGGGAUACUCCCAUUGUCAAAGCCAACAACCGGUCCCUCACCUACACCCUCCUUGUCUCUCUUCAGCUCUGUUUUCUCUUCUCUUUGCUCUUCCUCAGCAAACCUGGCGAAGUGACCUGCCUUCUCCGACAAUCAACUUUUAGCAUCACCUUCUCAGUGGCCAUUUCUAGUGUGCUGGCCAAAACCAUCACUGUGGUUGUGGCUUUCAUGGCUACUAAACCAGGCUCUCAGAUGAGGAGAUGGGUGGGAAAAAGAUUAGCUUUUACUAUUGUCCUCUCAUGUUCUCUCUUACAAGUAUGUAUUUGUUCUCUUUGGUUGUUGACAUAUCCCCCAUUCCCUGAAAUGGACAUGCAUUCACAGCUCCAGGAAAUGAUUUUACAGUGCAAUGAGGGUUCAACUUCCUUCUUCUACUGUAUCUUAGGCUACAUGGGUAUCUUGGCCAUUGCCAGCUUUAUUGUGGCUUUUCUUGCCCGUAAAUUACCUGACAGCUUUAAUGAAGCCAAGUUCAUCACCUUCAGCAUGUUGGCCUUUUGCAGUGUGUGGAUCUCCUUCUUUCCAGCCUAUCUGAGCACAAAAGGCAAAGCCAUGGUAGCUGUGGAGGUCUUCUCCAUCUUGACCUCCAGUGCUGCAUUAUUGGGAUGCAUAUUUCUGCCAAAGUGCUACAUCAUUGUUCUACGGCCACAGCUCAACCACCGGAAGCUACUCAUAAAGAAGAAUUAG